AUGGCAGCCAAUAAUGUAACAUCACCAUACUUUCUGGCUUUACAAAACAAACCAAGCUCAAUUAUCAGAAUUAACACAAGUAUAGCUGCAAUGACUGUUAAUAAUAAUAACAAUGCCUUACUUUAUUGCCCUGAAGGUCAUUUAUUGUUAAUUGAUGAACAAGGAAAUGAAAUUCGAACAAUAUGGAAUUGUACAUGUUAUGAUACAGCACUUAUUGUUUCGGAAGCUGAUCCAGGUUCAAAAAUUGAAGUUUACGAUUUGUGUGCAGAUCAUUGGAAUCCAGUUCAAACAUUCACAGCACCAACAUCUUGUAAAGUAGAUCAACAGAUUGAAAAGAUUCGAUUCAAUAGUGAUGGUAGUUGCCUUGGAGUGAUUCUACGUCAAGGAAGUCAACCUAAUUAUUAUCAUUGGUUUGAAUUACGUGAUCCAAAUAAUAUGACUGUAAUUUCGACGACUAAGACUGAUCUCGGUAAUGAUCAAUGGUGUUGGCUUCUUACGCUACCCGACCGACAGUUUUUGGCAACUCUGUGGCGGGAGAAAAAAUUCCUCUUGUUCGAUUCACAUGGGGAACUUCAAGAAACAACAGAAUACGAUAAGAAUGUAAAAUAUUUAAACUCAACAGCAUUAAUUAAUGGCAAAUAUCUUGUAGUACAACUAUGGAAACCUGAUGAACUACGUUUUUAUAAUUUAUGA